AUGGGUCGCGCAAAGGAGGAUGUUAAGAAGUUCAAGGCUAAUGGGCGGAAUAGCUGGGUUAUGCUCGCUGAGAGCGGCGGGUAUACACCUUUACCGGGCGAACAAACGUUGUAUCAGUCUCCUCCACGGACUACGCUUUCGCUGCAGACGAGCCAUGGACAUGCGCCUGCUGAGUCGUAUUCACAGCAAUGCAAGUCGGGUGUCAUCUAUCUUACCAAUCGACGGGCUAACAAGAGCGUUCAGUUAAUCUACCUCCCCAUCUCCCCAACCCCAACCCUACAAUCCUUUGCCGUCCCCAUCCUCAACGUCAUAGACUCCCGUGUCACCGCGCCCUGGUUCGGUGCGAACAAAUGGGAAGCCGUCGUCCAGCCCGUACCCGGCGGCGGUAUCCCUCCCCAGCACGCCGAACUAGAACUCGUCAUGGAGUUCAAAGAAGGCGGCGCCUUCGACUUUGCCAGUAUCUUUGAGCGGCUCAAGGAGCGCCUGCGACAAGCCGUCGACGUGGCGCGCGAAACCGGCGCACACGUCGUCGACAGCCGUACUGGCACCGCCGCCCCCCUCGACAUGAACACCGUGCAUCUGGAUGACCUGCCAGCCUACGAGGACAGCGGCCGCCACGAGAGAGUAUCGGUAGCGGAUGCACCGGACCCGCCCGUUCUCGCAGCGCCUGUGCCCCAGAGUCCCGCUGUGCGCCAUGCGAGUGUAGAGAGGAGUCCUCCCAGGCAAGACCGGUUUCAAGCGCCAGCGCCGCCGAAUGAGGCGCCGCCGGGGUACGAGGAGGUGCAGCGGGGGAGCAUCGCGGAUGAGCUGGAGAGGCAGAUGCGGGAUUCGAGGACGAGGGGAGACGAGGACGAGGAGGGAGAGGCCAGCCCCAGCCAUCCUGGGGCCGGACAGACUAGUGCAAAAGAGGAAAUUGCCUCGGUUAAAAGGCUAGUGGCGUGGGUACAUCAGCUGUCGACCUCGAGCGCCGCCCUCUGUUUGUGUCUUUCUUCCAUCACUGUACUUUUUGCGUUUUGGCUUUCUGCUUGCACUCUUGUGGUAGAGAAGUGGAUAUCAUGGCUAACCAGGCACCGAGUAAAGGAAUGCAUGGAUGGAGAAGAAGCUGACGAACUAUACACAGUCCAAGAGCGUCUUACGCAGGUCGAGGCGCAUUUGACCGGAAGCAGUGCAAAGUCGGGUGCUGGCAUCAAGGGCAAGGCGGGCAUGCUGGAGAAGCAUGAUGAUGAUGUCGUCGUAACCUGCGCUCUUCGCACGCCCUUCACCAAGGGUGGCAAAGGUGGUUUCAAAGACACGCAGGCCUCGGAUCUCCUUCACGGCGCCUUCAAAGCCCUCAUCCAGCGAUCCGGCAUCGACCCCAGCCUCGUCGAAGACAUUGCUGUCGGCGCUGUCCUCGCCCCAGGCGGAGGCGCUACGGAAUUCCGCGCUGCUGCCCUCGCCGCCGGCUUCCCCGUCACCACCGCCGUCAAGUCGUUGAACCGACAAUGCUCGAGCGGUCUCCAAGCCUGUGUCGACAUUGCCAACGCCAUCAAGAGCGGCAUGAUCGAGGUCGGCAUCGGUGCUGGCGCAGAAAGCAUGUCGACACAGUACGGCCCCAACGCAGUGAGCGAGUUCAGCGAACUGCUCGACUCGCAUCCCGAGGCCAAGAACUGCAAGGUCCCCAUGGGCGUGCUCUCGGAGCAAAUGGCAAAGGCCAAAGGCAUUCCCCGCUCCGAGCAGGACAAGUUUGCCGCCUCAUCCUUCCAAAAGGCGGUCGCGGCGCAAAAGCAAGGCCUCUUUGACGAGGAAAUCGCUCCCCUGACCGUCAAAUGGACAGACCCCAAGACUGACGAAACAAAAACAAUCACCGUCUCCCAAGACGACGGCAUCCGCCCCAACAUCACCGCAGAAUCCCUCUCCAAGAUCCGCCCCGCCUUCAGCAAAGACGGCUCCAUUCACGCGGGCAACGCCUCGCAAAUCUCGGAUGGCGCUGCCGCCGUCCUCCUCAUGAAGCGCAGCACAGCCCGCCGCCUCGGCCAACCCAUCAUCGGCAAGUUUGUCCAGGCCUCGAUCGUCGGCGUCCCACCUCUGCUCAUGGGCGUGGGCCCCGCCGCCGCCAUCCCCGUCGUGCUCGAGAAGACGGGCCUGUCAAAGGCGGACGUUGAUAUUUUUGAAAUCAACGAGGCAUUUGCGAGUCAAUGUCUCUACUGCAUCAAUGAGCUGGGCAUCGAGCAGGAGAAGAUUAAUCCAAAGGGUGGCGCGAUUGCGUUUGGGCAUCCGUUGGGGGUGACGGGGGCGAGACAGGUGAGCACGCUGUUGACGGAGUUGAAGAGGAGGGGGGAGAAGGUCGGGGUGACGAGCAUGUGUAUUGGGACUGGCAUGGGCAUGGCUGCUGUUUGGGUAGCAGAAUAG